UACAGUCACGGUUUCUCCAGUGAGAUAAAUUUAAAACGUGUCUAGUCUGGAUCUUUUCUUGGCUUUAUUACCAACAUUACUUCAAUUUUGUAGCCUCCACUAACAAUUUUAUAGCUAGCACGUACCAUUAUGCUCUCCUCAAGGCCUAUCCUCACUCUCCUUCGCAAUACUACACGAAGAAUCGCUCCAACAACACUUAGAACAUUCCAUAUCGAACCCUGUCAGAAACUCAACUUCAUCGAUGGACAACGCGUUGAUCCCUGCACACAGGAAGGCCCAGGGGAAAUAAUAAUAACUGAACCCGCUACUGGACACGUUUUAUGCGAAGCUAAAGGUUCAGGAAAGGAGGAGGUACAUAGAGCAGUACAAUCAGCUGCGACGGCGUUCAAAGGAUGGUCUUCAAUGAGUGGAAGUGAGAGAGGAAGGAUUUUACACACGGCGUCACGCAUUGUGAGGAGCAGAAAGGACCAGAUAGCUACGUUAGAGGUUAAAGAUAACGGUAAACCGUACCAUGAAGCAUGCUGGGAUAUCGAUAAUGUUGCUGACGUCUUGGAAUAUUUCGCUGGUGUUGCACCUACACUGGGUGGUGAGCAUAUACAACUACAGAAUGGAUCUUUUGCUUACACAAGACGAGAAGCCUUAGGAGUCGUUGGAGCAAUUGGAGCAUGGAAUUACCCCAUCCAAAUCGCAUCAUGGAAAGUUGGGCCGGCUCUUGCCUGUGGUAACACUGUAGUCUUCAAGCCAUCGCCACUAACCCCCCUGUCAGCUGUUGUUCUUGCCGAGAUCAUAACUGAAGCUGGAGCUCCUGCUGGUGCUUUUAAUGUCGUUCAAGGGGAUGCAUUUACUGGUCAGCUACUCUGUACUCAUGAAAAUGUCGCAAAGGUUUCUUUCACUGGAUCAGUGGAGACGGGAAAAAGAAUAAUGGCAUCCUGUGCUGAGGGGGUAAAAGAAGUCACGUUAGAACUUGGUGGAAAAUCCCCUCUUAUAAUAUUUAGUGAUGCUGACAUUGAAAAUGCAGUGAAUGGUGCUUUGAUGGCAAAUUUCUUGAGCCAGGGACAGGUUUGCUCCAAUGGCACCCGUGUAUUCGUUGAGGAGUCUAUCAAAGAUGCCUUCCUUCAACGUGUUGUAGAUAGAACUAAAAAGAUCCAUGUUGGUAACCCAAUGGACCCCAAGACACAGAUGGGUGCCCUCAUCUCUGGGAAUCAUCUCUUGAAGGUUCUGGAAUAUGUAAAGAUUGGAAAGGAUGAGGGAGCCCAUGUACUAUGUGGUGGUGAGCCACUAAAACUAAGUGACCCAAAGUUUAGUGGCGGGUUUUACAUGUCGCCCUGUGUUAUGGCCGAAUGCACCGAUGACAUGACUGUAGUGAAAGAAGAGAUCUUUGGUCCUGUUAUGACUGUACUGUCAUUCAAUUCUGAGGAAGAAGUCAUCGAACGAGCCAAUAAAACCCACUUUGGCCUGGCUGGUGGAGUUUUCACAAAAGACUUGAAUCGUGCACAUCGAGUCGUUGCUAAUCUUCAAGCUGGUAGUUGCUGGAUCAACAACUUCAACCUGACACCUGCCGAGGUCCCUUUUGGUGGCUACAAGAUGUCAGGAAUUGGGCGUGAGGGAGGACGAGCCUCUAUCGAAUAUUACACACAGCUUAAAACUGUCUACGUCGAAAUGGGUGAAGUAGAAACCCCAUUCCCCCUUUGAAUAACUUAAUCAAAUAUUUUAUUUCAAAAAAAAAUUUUUCAAGAUAGCAAUCCGUUUUUACGUAGGCAAAGUAUUUUCCCAUUUGAGACCAUGAUCCAUUCCCUUCAUCCGUAUUGUGUAGUUCCAAAAAUUAUUCAUACCCCCUUCAAGGAGGAAUUUUUUUAAGACACCCCCCUACCCCCCAGAAAUACCAAUUUUCUUCCAUACAAAUUCUGUAAUUUUUGUUCUUUCUCUGACCCGCCUACUCUUUGGAAAUUCCAAAUUCCUCUGUGGGGUGGGUAUGGAUGGUGGAACUACACAUUGAAGUAUCUCAUAAGCCUUAACACUGAGGUAGUAAACAAAAAUAUAAUGCUAAAGGGAGCAUUCUCUUGAGAAGACGUUUCUUUGUUUUACUGAAGAAAAAAUCAUACUCAAGGGAAUACUGAAUCUUUAACCCCAAAUAAAAUUGAUUGGAGCAUAACGCGGGGUUUUGGUUAUCUUGUAGUAGACUUUACUACAGGGAAUCCAUAAUGAAUGGAUUUAAGGGAAACUGCUUGUACUGUAAACCUAUGUAUAUUUAAUAAAUAUAUAGAAAUAAAUAAUUGUAAUAUA